GAAACAACUCUGCUGUAUAAUCAGUUUCAAUUCCAUACCAGUACCCUAUUCUGAGAUUUAAACACAGGCCUAAUACGAGCUAACUACAACGAUGUUCAAGAUAAUUUUAGCCAUUUGUUUUGCAGUGGCCUGUAAAGGUGACGAAUGUAGUGACGUCACUAUCGUGAGUCGGUCUGAUUGGGGUGCCCGAGCCCCUAAAUCCACCAGUCAGUUGUCGCUUCCUGUAAAGUAUGUCUUCAUUCACCACACCGACGGACGUGCGUGUACUUCCCAGUCUUCGUGUAGCUCUGUUGUGCGCGGAAUUCAAAACUAUCAUAUGGACGACAGAGGUUGGGAUGACAUCGGUUACAGCUUUCUGAUUGGUGAAGAUGGCAAAGUGUACGAGGGGCGUGGCUGGGAUCGAGUUGGUGCGCACACUAGAGGCUACAAUGACGUCGGUAUUGCUAUAUCAUUCAUGGGCAAUUUCUCAAAUAUAAAGCCAAAACAGAUUGCUCUGGAUGCAGCGAAGAAUCUGAUUAACUGUGGAGUUCGAUUGCGGAAAGUAAGUACAACUUACAUUCUCCGAGGACAUCGUGACAUGGGGACCACCACUUGCCCCGGAGACACCCUGUAUGCAGAGAUCAAAACAUGGCCUCAUUACUAAUUUCAGAGUAAAGUUGAAAAACCACUUGGGAUGAUCCGGUUUAAUAAGCUUAUGACCAAUUUAAAAAAUAUAUAUACAGUAGUAAAAUCAUGCAAGCAUUCUGAAUUUGCGGUAGAUUCAGUUAGCUGUAGAUCUUUGC